UUGACGAACCUCAACCUGCACCCAAGGGACCCUUAUAGGCACCCACAAUCUCAGCCCAACACAGCAGACGGUGGGACCAUGAAGACUGUGGUGACUCUGCUGCUGCUCUGUCUGUGUGAUCCUGGACAGAGUGACUGCCAGGCAGACUGCCUGUCCUGCAGCAAUAUCCUGCCCAAACAGCUCAGUUUCAACACCAUGGUGUGUCUCACUGAGUGCGAAGGCAUCGUCUCCCCAGCUUUCUACCGGGACUUCUGUCGUAAGGUGCUGUCUUUGCCAAUUUCCUCCCUUAGCGGUACCGCGCGAAAAAGAUCUCAGGAGGAGGCGGAGGCCCUGUUUCCUGAGGAGGAGGAGCAGGCGGGGGGAGAUCUGUUGAUACCCUUUGCGUUACAGAGGUUCGAUCACGUGACCCAGGCACUUGGGGUGGACGAGAGGGAUCUGGGCGGCAAGGGCAGCCAGCUGAACACGGCAUAUAAUUCCCAGAAUGCCCUGUCUCUUGAGGAUGAGUAUGAGGAGGAGGCCGGGCGGGAAGAAGAAGCUGCUGACGUGGCAGCAAGAGGACAGAGUGAGGUAGGGCUGAGUGUCUCCAAGAGGUUUGGCGGCUUUGUCAAAGGGAGGCACGGCUACAGGAAGCUGAUGUCUCCAGGAAGAUCGUACCAGAAGAGGUAUGGUGGCUUCAUUGGCAUUCGGAAGUCAGCCCGCAAGUGGAACAACCAAAAACGUUUCAGCGAGUUCCUAAAGCAGUAUCUGGGGAUGAGCGCUCGGGCCACUGAGUUCAACAGCAUGUCAGAGGACCUCACCCAACAGAAUGAAGUUUAGGAGAGUGCACCUUUAAACCAAUGACAUAAAACAAUUUCCUGAUGUAUUUUCACUGAUCUUGUUUUGUAAAUCAAUCACCAACAUGUCAAACUUUAACUAGUGUCACCAAAGUUGACCCAUUGAAUCUAAGUUAUUUGCCAAAAAGCCCAUAAUAUGAGAUUAAUGAUAUUGGAGUCCUCUUUGUCUCAAGACAUAAGAAUUGCUUUGGAUGUUGUUUCUGUUUUAUAUUCCUUUAACUGUGACGCAAGCAAUUUGCUUUUAAUCAGCAGCCCUUUUUAUAUACAUUCUCGACCAGUUUAACCCUCCAGUGAAAAGUUCAGGUCCCCUAAAAACAUCUCAGUCUGACAUGUGAGACUUCACAAUCUCUGGCAUCUUCCAGGCCCCGUGUCCAGCUCCGGGCUCCCUGAGUCAUUCAGACCUCCCAUUUGGUGCCCCUGUUGGGAUGUACCAUUUAAACGAUCAGGUUUCAUUUGAUUAGCUGCCAUGGCGAAUUCUUGGUAGUCCCGCAGUGGUUUGCAGUAAAGUACAGGAUUUAUUUGACUGUUUAAUGUAAUGUUCUAGAUCUUUAGCGUAAUCAUUGUUUUUCUUAUCCAAUGUAUUAUACAGUGUAUUUUACCUAUUCAUUCAUGUGCUGGGUCAUCUGUAAAAAGUGCUAAAUCUUACAUGGGGGCAUCUGGCUUUGGAGGGUACCUUCCUGUUGAAAAUCUGUAAGAACCCUUGCAGGACCACUAGUCUCUUUAUUAAACGACCACCUUCUGGCAAAAUCUAUAAUUCAGUCUCUUUUAAAGGACAAUACCAGUGGUUUUUCAUGUUUUGGCAUUAUGGUAGGGUAAUGUCAGCAGUAAUGUAAAGUAUACUGUAUGUGAUUUAUGGUUAAUAAAUGAAAAAACAAAAACACAGCUAAAAGUAAUUUAUUUAUCACUGUGCCAAAACUGAUGCAGAUUGAAUGAAGAGAUCUUGAAGAGAUUGGUGCAAUUGUGAACUGAAAUACUACACAACACUCAAUAUUCAUGUAUACAUACUACUGAUCUGUCUGCCAAACCGAUGUUAUGUACAAGUGAGCAUCAUCUCUGACUGGCUGUUGUGUCCAGAUGAUUCCUGUAUGUAGAAACAGUUUUCCUCAAACUGAGAUGGUGUGAAAUGUUUUUGUUGCCCACAAUGAGAACUUGUAAAUAGCUGAAGUUAAACAUGUCAAUAAAAAUAGUUUACUAUUUCCUU